AUGUCCAAGGACGGGCAGCAGAUUGGGCUGGUCUCAUUCCGGACGCCGAGUAGAAAGGAGGUCGUGAUCUACACUAACGUAUCCUACUACUUUGACUGGAUAGAAGAACAAAUGAAAGCAGCCAGACCCGUGUCCCUGUACAUGGUUCACGAGGGCUUCGACGAGCGCACCUACCGCGACGACGUCGCGCUGGCUCACACGCAGGAGGAUCUGCCCUUGGGAAGAACUGUCAAACGAGUCAUCAUAAACAGGAAAUUUCCGAGCGUGGCGCGGCUGCAGCUUGCUGGUUGGGGACUUGAUGAUACCCGGGACGGCCAGUACCUGGAGACAAGCAGGCUGCAAUGGCUGCAGCAGUCGUUUAAGCUCAAGCAGGCUUGUAAGAUGUACGCGCUCUCGCCUGGCAUGAUGUGCAUUGAGAAUGACAUUAAUCAACGCCCGAGUCUGGGCGACUCUGGCUGCGGUUUGAUAGCCAACUUCGUGCAGCAGAUCGGCCUGUUAUCCUUCCGGCACCGUGGGCACAAGACCAUCAUAAUCUACAUGAACGUCUCCUACUACUACGACUGGAUACAACGGGGCGCGAGACAACUGAUUUGUACUAAAGUAUGA